CACGCUAGUCUGUGCGCGCUCCUGUUUUCUGGCUCCCCGCUCGCUCACCGGGGGCUGAAGGAGGAGACGCCAAACAGGAGGAAAAAAAUUCCACACUGGGGGGAGAAUCGCAGGAGCAGAUAAGGCCCCCGUUUUCGUUAAGAUUCAUUUCGGUUUUUAUUUCAAGAAGAAGCACCGCCCCCGAAAUUAUGAAAUGGCAUUGUUAGUGUGAAAAUAUUAUUUCACCAGAUAUUUUAAAGACAAAGACGUGUUUUUCCCCCCCAAAAAAAAUUAAAAAAAAUAUUUUUCUCCCCGGCGCUGGGUGUCGUGUGGAUAUUUUUGAAUUUUCUGGGGGUGCCCCUCGUUGCCAGGGCGGUCCUCAGGCUCGGUUCCGCAGGCUCGGCGAGACGGUACCGAUGUCGCGACGGCCCGAUUCGUCCCGCUGCUCCCGGGACCGGCUCUGCUGAAGCGGGGCGGAGGAGGGUGUAUGAGCAGCCCGCGGAGGGCGAGACACGCAUCGCCGCGGAUUUUCCUCCACGCAGCGCUGGGUCGCGCCAGCCCGCCGCGCCGGCCGAGGGUCCCCGACCGGAUCUAAUAGGAAGGCGGACGACGGGGCCUCUCCGUCCUCCCACUCCGCCCGCUCCCUCGCCCUCCCCGGCCCGCACGGCGCCCUCGGCGGGGUGAGGUCCGAGUGUGCUCGGCCAGCGGGCAGUGCGUGAGACCGAGGCCCCCUCCCCCACGGUCCGAGCCCCCGGCAGCCCGCUCGGCGCUGCAGCCCCUGUUCCGGCCGGACUGCCAGGCGAGGUUGGAGCGAGGAGAGGAGGAGGAGGAGGAAGAGGAAGAGGACCCCGACCCCGAGUGCUCGCAAAGCCCCGAAUUCUGCCGGCGUGCCAGAGCCCCUGGAAGCAGGGCUUGAGAGGAACGGCAGGGGCAUGACUUUGGAGUCCAUGAUGGCCUGUUGCCUGAGCGAGGAGGCGAAGGAGUCGAAACGAAUCAACGCCGAGAUCGACAAGCAGCUCCGGAGGGACAAGCGAGACGCCCGGCGAGAGCUGAAGCUGCUGCUGCUAGGCACAGGCGAGAGCGGGAAGAGCACGUUCAUCAAGCAGAUGCGGAUCAUCCACGGCACUGGAUACACGGACGAGGACAAGCGCGGCUUCACCAAGCUGGUGUACCAGAACAUCUUCACGGCCAUGCAGUCCAUGAUCCGGGCCAUGGAGACCCUCAAGAUCCAGUACAAGUACGAGCAGAACAAGUCCAACGCCCUGCUGGUGCGUGAGGUGGACGUGGAGAAGGUCUCGUCCUUCGAGCAGCCCUACAUCAACGCAAUAAAGAUGCUGUGGACAGACCCAGGGAUCCAGGAGUGCUACGACCGGAGGAGAGAGUACCAGCUGUCCGACUCCACCAAAUAUUACCUUAGUGAUAUAGAGCGCAUAGCGUCGCCGGGUUACGUACCCACCCAGCAGGACGUGCUGCGGGUUCGAGUGCCCACCACAGGAAUCAUUGAGUACCCCUUUGAUCUGGAGAAUAUUAUCUUCAGGAUGGUGGACGUGGGCGGCCAGCGGUCAGAGCGCAGGAAGUGGAUCCACUGCUUCGAGAACGUGACGUCCAUCAUGUUCCUGGUGGCGCUGAGCGAGUACGACCAGGUCCUGGUGGAGUCCGACAACGAGAACCGGAUGGAGGAGAGCAAGGCCCUGUUCCGAACCAUCAUCACCUACCCCUGGUUCCAGAACUCCUCCGUCAUCCUCUUCCUCAACAAGAAGGACCUGCUGGAGGAGAAGAUCAUGUACUCCCACCUGGUGGACUACUUCCCGGAGUUCGAUGGCCCACAGCGGGACGCCCAGGCCGCGCGCGAGUUCAUCCUCAAGAUGUUCGUGGACCUGAACCCGGACAGCGACAAGAUCAUCUACUCUCACUUCACCUGCGCCACCGACACAGAGAACAUCCGCUUCGUCUUCGCCGCCGUGAAGGACACCAUCCUGCAGCUCAACCUGAAGGAGUACAACCUGGUGUGAGCCGGCGCCUCGCGCGCGCGCGCACACCCACGCACACACACACGCGCACACACACACUCUCGCCCCACAGCCGCCCCCAGAGGAGCAGGGUCAGCAGAGAGAGCAACACUAAACACACACAGAGCUGGGAGACAGGGCGAAUCAAUCAGAUCUCUAUAUAUAUAUUGCUGAGAAUAUUUUAAACAUUUUUAAUAAUUAUUACUAUUGCUACUACAACUAUUAGUACUAUGAAAGAAAUGAUUAAAUAAAAAAUAACAGGAAAACACACACAGAGGGAGGAGAGGACCUGAUUUUUAUUUUUUUUCUGUUCUUUCGUGAAAACCGGCGAAUCGUUCUGGGUCUCGUUGGGGGGAGGGUGCCCCCUUGUGCCCAAUCCGGGCACACCCCGCGCCACCUCGCUCGCCGCGGCGUUUUCCAAACUGGCCGCGUUUCUGUCCAGAGCGGCGCCGGACGCCCGGAUCCUCCACCGCGUCCCGCGCCGGUCUCUCUCUCGGUUCCUCCCGCCGCCCGCGGUUUCCAUUCCUCCCUUUCCUCCUCCAUUCCCCAUCGUGUCACCGCUGUGAUCCCGUUCAGAAAUGAUUGCGGUUUAAAUACGAUUUGAUUUUGCUGUACUUACCGUUUGCGGAUUACGGUAGCGCAAGGGGAGGGAGCGGAGGCGGGCCGAGAGGAUGUUGAUGGCGUUCAUUCCGAGACGCUCCGCCGGGUUUGUAAUUUUGGCAAAGGGCUGCUGUCCGGUGAGCGCCGGGACCGGUUUGUUCUCCUCGUGCUUCUCCAGCUGUUCUGUCAGCAUGGUGUCAGACAACUAAUGGUGAUUUUAAGAGAAAGUAAAUAGUUUUAUUUAUCUAAUUUAUGGACCAGACUUUUAGGUGUCGUUGUUGAUGAUUUGAUGUGAAACGAAGCCUGGCUUCUCUCCCCAGUGAGACUGGGGGGCGGUGGGGGCGAUCUCGGUUCCCAGCCAGGGGACCUGCUCUUUCCCGCCCCCUCCAGCUUUCCAGGGGUUUCUGUCUCCAGGUGCCCGCCGGGCCUCCACUGCUCCCCGCCCUGUGGAGAAUCGGUUUUAGAAGCUGCGCUUCAGUGCGAGAGCAGGGUGCCC